AUGGGCAUCACGAACAUUAUUGUGAUCUUGGUACUAUCGACGACGAUAAUCUGGGAUUUAGUUUGUGGAGAAGAAUUAGCUCCGUAUCUGAAGGUAUGUUCCAGACAUGACAAGGACUUCUCAGGAUGUCUGAAGCGAUCGAUAGAUGCCUUGAAACCGAUCUUUGUAAAUGGAGAUCCUUCGCGCGACGUUCCUUCUCUGGAGCCCCUUGAUGUAGGAGACUUACUAAUUGGAGAUUUUGCUGGCAGCUCUGCCGUUGGAAUAAGAAUUUCAGCGACAAACAUAAAAGCACAUGGAGCUUCUAACUUUGAACUUACUAAAAUUAGGGGAGAUUUUGACACUCUGACCUUCCAUUUUGAAGUAUUUUUACCUCAUAUAGAAGCCACUGGUAACUAUGGAGUAAAUGGUAAUAUUUUAUUAUUACCUAUCAGAGGCAAUGGACCAUUUGUUGCAAGUUUUGAUAAUUGCACUGGAAAAGCUGUCAUGAUUGGCAAAACAUUCCAAAAAGAUGGUAGAAACAUGCUGGGUAUAGAUAAAAUGAACAUUAAAAUUAAAAUAGGAAAAGGUAAAAUAGAUCUCAAAAAUUUGUUCGGCGGAGAUAAGACUUUAGGUACUAUUAUCAAUCAAACGAUAAACUCAAAUUUUGAAAUUUUAAGUCAAGAAAUAGCACCACUGAUUGAAAAAGCUUUAUCAAAAUUGUUUAUUAAAAUUUCCAACAAAAUAGUGGAUAGGUACACGGUGGAGCAGUUAUAUCCCGAAUGA